AUGCCUCUCUCUGAUCAACGGAGACACAAAACUACCGAAGGAAACAGUAAACGAUUAAAAAGAACAGAUUCAGAGAAGGAAUUAAAGGAGCUACACCAUUUAUUAGAGGUACUGAAUUCACCAGCUUCAACCCAACAGCUCCAAACAGUUGAUCAUGAUGAUAGCCAGCAAGGUCAAAGGUCAAAUACCAGACCAAGGUCAUGGUCAAACCCAGAGAAAUCGCAAGCCGUGGCCCUUCAUAAGUUUAGUCUAAGAUACCAGAAUGUCCGAAAUUUCAACCAGAGCAAACAUUUCAAAUUAUUUGAAGAUAUAUUUUCAUUGCUCGUGACAACUAGACUAAGUCAGAGUAAAUGGUUGAACUCGUCAUCAGAUGAAACUGUUGUUAGACUGUUGGUUUGUUUACGUAUUUUAAUGAGAGAUUGUUAUUUUCAAACAUUAUUUUUUAAACUGGGUGGAGUUCAAAGUCUAUCAGAGGAAUGGUGUCAAGAAUACGUCAUUCCUUAA